CAAAGGAGCACGACAAAUCCAUCUCGUCUCGCAUAUCCUCAGACACUUCCUCGCAGACACACCCGUCUUCGGGCACGGGCAUAUUUGCUGUAUCUUCUUCGUGCUCGCGCGCGCGUCAAAGGCGUUGGUGCAACGGCGCCCUCCCGCGCAACACAAAACGGCCGCCAUAGCCCGACCAUUUUCUUGCCUCCCGACUUUUUCUGCACCGCCCAGCGGCAACAACAAGAACGCCAACAUCAACGACGACGCGCUCCUUUCUCUCCCUGCCUGCGCCGUCUGCUCAGAGACCAACAUCGCCCGCGGCUCGCCAUCUGUCACGCCUUGUUUGUGCCUCAGCAAAACAGGCAGCAAGGAAAGACGACGGCUUCAAACCUGUUUGCGGCCUCGCUCCCCGUCGUGCGCUUACCGGCCACCCGAGCCCUAGGUUCGCCAGCACACGUGCUGCUUGUUGACGCGGCGUGUAUGCUCCAUCCGCUACAUGUGCUGCUACUCUGCUGUCUUUCCUGACCGACCGAGCAUCAUUCGCUGGUAGCUUUGUGACCUAGCUCCCCGUCUACCAAAAAGUCGCGCAGCAGCAAAAGAACGUUCACCACGUCGCUGUCUUGCGGUGGCUGCGCUCUCGUGGCACCAUCCCACGUCCACCGCCACGGCUCCCAUCUGGCCCACGAUACAAUUUCGCCAGUACUUCUUCGCUUUCCACUCAAACCGAGCGCCGCGUGCGGCCAGCGCAUUCUUCUCUUUCUGGACGAGCGCGACGAAAGACCUCACCCCGCCGUGGUUCGUCCUUAAAGUGAUGGGACCCUUCGCAACGAACGGUCCCAAGCACUGAAGUCCCGUCGUUGCGAGAAUGCGCGAGCUACGGCCACUGAACCUCCCCAAAAUGGCACUCGACCGCAGCGCCGGUGCCUCGCUUUCAUGCGAGGACGUCACGGCGACCAAGAGCUCCGUCUGCGGCCACGCUUCUGCAGGUUCCAUCUCAAGCGCGUCCGAUCUGUCCGGUCCAACCACACCCACCUUCUCGGUGCGCGGUCAUUCUCGCUUUCCAAGCUCGGGCUCGUCGAUGACUUCAAAUUCGACGUCUCCCGUGUACGAACAUAUCGACAAUCUCGGAUCUACCUGCAAACUACCCAUGCCUCAGCUUCCUGAAGAGCCCGCCGAGAACGAAGAAGACGUCUGCCCCAGGGAUGACCAUCCCGUCGACUCGUUCGAUUCAUAUCGGUUCGACGACGUCGACCGCAGCACCAUCUUGUUGCGUGAGAGCCACGGCUUUGAUGCCCAUGCUCUGGACGACUACAGCGGCCGACCAGCGCCAUGUCGGGAGGUGAAGCACCAACGGUCCAUGGACACCUUCAACACGCUGUCGUUGCGUCUGAACUCCUUCACCAAAAAGUUUACCAGCCGCAAAAACGCUGCACUUCCGGCUGGGCUGGGCAUUCAAACGUCGAACUUUUCAGGACCGGCCUCCAGUCGCUCCUCGUCCCUGACGAGCGCGCACUUUCCCGGCUUUGAUCAGAACGAUGUCCUGCCGCCAACACCUGCCAUGUCUGUUUCGUGCAUCAGCACGCCCGCCUCCCCGGUCGACGAGGUCAACAGACUGAGCGUCGAGGAACCGUUUGAUCGCAGGGCUCUGUCGUCAACGCCGCUGCUGCCACCCAUGAUGACCUCGUCUGCCGAGGCGAUUGUGGAACCUGUCUAUAGUCCUCUGCAGUCGCCGACUAUAGCAGACCCAAACAAGACCUUUUCCAUGGUCAGCUCAACCACGUACGAAGCCCCGCGUGUGUCUGCGCUCCCUUCUCCGCCCCUGUCAUCCAAGCCGUCUAUCUCGUCGUUCCAACGUGGACGCACAAGCACCUUCGCCAGUGUACCGGACGUCCCUCCAAUGUACAGGGAAGAUGCCGUCGACGAGUGGAGUGUCAAGCUCGGUCACGCAAAUUUCACUAUCGAUCCUGCCCCUUACCGUCCUUCGGUGUGUGAUGCAGAGACCUGUCAGGUGCUGGUCAUGGAUUGGGAAACCGCGCGCCAGCAGUACUUCAAAUACCGAGCGCGGGUAGUGGAGCACUAUGGCGCCGGCUCCAAGACGUUCAAGCUGACCGAGGAGAAAUGGCGAAGCAUCGAUGCGCAGUGGAGAGAGAACGUCGCUUUCGCUUCUGCGCAGGCCAGUCUUCUCCGCGGCGAUGCAAUGCCAGUCACUCCGGUUGAGCCUGCUCCGCUUACCAAUAUGCCUACAAUCUGCGACCCACGCUACGAUGGCAAAUUUCCAACGCUCGGAGACCAGGACAUUGUCGGUCCUAUGGAGGUUGCGCCUCCCCUACCUCAGACGAUGCCAUCUUCGCCUUCUGGCAAGCUCCACAAUUUCUUCCGCUCCAUGUUUGGCCGCUCAAGAUCAGCGACCAGGUGAGCACUGCAUACUUGUACAGAUCUCCUUUUUACGAUGUCAUGAGUUUCAGAGCACGAUACCCCCACAGUCCUUUUGUCAACGACGUCACUCGGCAUGAUUGGCGGCAAAGCACUCCUUCAGAAAAAAAAUUUUCUUCCCUGUCAGCGACAUUGUACAAAGCCGAUGUCAUACUUUUUUACGCGUAGAAUUUAGAACUAUCAAUUCUGCGGGGGCAAGCCUCGGCGGCGAGUGCACCUACGCGUUACUCUAUUCAACAGAACAGACGAGCACUAAUGAGUCGCAUUGCAAGUCUGGGAAGUCUGUUUCCUGUGUCGAGUCUGGUACAGCUGCCUCAUCUGGGCCCAGACAUAAUUCAGCACGCGAGACUAGCAGAAGUUGCCGAAGUGUCCAACUGAAACGCAACUGGCGUUCUUUUCGUUUGUCAAAGCUAUGCUUUAUUCGGGUCUGUAUGUCCGGAGGGUCGGGUUUCAAAAAAAAAAGUUUUGGGAAAAGGGUCCUGUCCCUUUCUCCGGCGGUAUGGAAAGGCGAUUCAGGAACGAACCAUUCUUUGGCAUGGCGAGAAGCAAACUUUGGGACCGAUCUCACCGAAAAAAGAGGUUUUAUCCCUUCCGAUGGAUGGCGGUGCGUUGUAGGGUCGCGACAAGAACCGGGGAUGCCAGCACCGGCCUUCCAUUCGACUUCUGUCGCCGCUACGCCGGUUUGACAUGUUUUCCAGAAGGACGGCCCCAUGGACAUGGGCUUGGAAGGAGUGCUAAGGUGCAUGCUAGCAAAUCUUGGUUCGAGUACCUUCCAACCCCAGCGAGAGAGUUAUGGUUCGGCUAAAAUGAACGGUCACACUGCGGGCAGCCUUCUUGCUCUCUAAGUGAACAAGAAGCCGAGGGAUGCCAUCGAUGUGUAGGGACUACCAAGAGGUAGCACAGGAUUUUCAUUAACUUGUGAUUCACGUUAUAGUAAUGGUUACUGUCGCCGACUCUCACGGCCGAUGAACUAGAUAACGGUCUCAGCGUAGGGACGGCCAAGAGGCCAACCCAAUCUGAGCGGUAGCUGUGUAUAAUUAUGGCCGAAAUGGCGAAAUGUAAUUUUGUACAGCGGGCCUUGAAGCCUGGCUGGGAACAAUAUGUAUUUUGACAGUCUGAACGGGUGCGUCGUG